GAAAAGUAAAGAUUCGAAACUGAAAAAAAUCCCUAGAUCAUGAAAACAGUUACAGUAAGAAUGAAAUUGUGAUUGGUUGAGAAAUUUUGUAAAGACUACAGGAAGAGACGAAUAAAGAGAAAGAUAACGAAUGAGAAGGGACAGCAGCGCCACAAUUCCCUGUUAAACAAGAAACGUCAACCAUUCCCUGUUCUUUAGUUCGGUGUCUGGAUUGCCGUUCGCUAUCCAAAUAUCCAGGCUAGCAUGAUUAGGUUGUAUAUGUAUGCGUGCGCACAAGUGUCUCCCUCGCUCUUGAUUCUCGUUGUUCGGUAUUCGUAGUAGAGGACCAUUGUGUAUACAUACAUAAGCGGUCGCGCGUGAAUGCAUGUAUUGGAGAUAUACACGCGUGUGCGUUUUCCGUUCCGCGAUUCGCGUAUCCCGAAAAGAUGGCUGCCAUGAAAGCGUACGGUGGUGAUGUUGACGUCGUUCACAGCAAGGUCGCGUCACGUCCUCGAAAAGCGUGAAAAGAACGUGAUUAUUCGAAUGCUUCCACGAGUCUCGUGGUGUUUUUAUACGAGAACGCGAUACAGUGAAAAAGUUGUUGAUAAUUCGAAACGUGAGUGCGGUAUUCACAGAAUCCCUCUCGCAGUAUUCGACGAAAACGACGAACAGAAGAGAGGAGAAAGAAGAGAGGGAGAACGGGCAAGGAACGUGCCCAGCAAAAGUUUAAAGGGAUUUUUAUGUGACAGGGAGAGAAGUGGACGAAUAGUCUGUCGAAGAGCAGAAGUAAGAAGGAAAGAAAGAAGAAAAGUUGGAAAGCGCGUGGAGAAUACAACAGGGUGAUACGGAAGUGAGUGAUACGUAGAAUCGCGGGUGGUUUAUGGUGUCGCGAGUAAAACAAAUGCGUGCAAGUCGUACGCGAACAAGUCUUUCUCUUGCCAACGAUAUUCCAAUCAAUCUGUUUUUAGCAUUUCUUUGGGGUUGCAUUUUACGUGUGACUCCAAACUUUGUGUCAACGAGGGACGGCCAUAUUAAUCCGUAGCCCCCGCCGUCACACAUAUUUGAAGAAUCUUAUCUCUUCGAGGUGGUGCCUCUAGUUUUACAAUUUUCGCUACUUUUUUAGUGCAUAUCCUGUUGCGGCGAAUCCUAUCUUACCUUACCGUGUCGUGUCGUAUAGUGUCGUGUCGUGUCGUGCCGUAUCGUGUUGUAUCGUGUCGUGUCGUGUCGUGCCUUGCUUUGCUGUAUCGUACCGUACCGUACGUAUCGUGUCAUGAUCCUCGAUUACUUGGAUAUAAGUGUAAAGUAAUUGCCAGAUUUUCGCCGAAUGACGGUGUGUGUAUAUAGUGUAUGGACGGUGGUAUUUGUGCGUACGAGCAAUACAAACGACAAUCACUACGUGAGUUCUAUGCCACCCGAUGUUCAUGUAUCGCUUCGAAACAACUUACCGGUUCUCCACCACUGUGUCUAUCCAGUUUGCCAACUGUACCACCCUUCCUAAAUUCUGUAUUACUCGCAGGAUGACAGUGGUACAGCGGGCAGCGACGACGGGGUACAGUUGGUAGUGGCGUGGAGAGCGCACCGCGCGAGAGGAGCGGAAGAUAACUCGGAAGAGGCGGGUGGGGAGGAACGAGGGAGGAGGAGGAGGAGGAGGCGGAGGAGGGGGUGGAGACGGAGGAGGAGAAAGAAGUGGGAAGACUGGCGGAGAUAAGAAGACGAAAGAGGAGAAAGGGAAGGAGGAAGCAGGCAGCGGGAAGGGGAAAAGGGGGAAGGGGAGUGGGGAGAGAGGAGGAGGAGGCCGGUCUCGUAGAGGGGCAUCGUCAACGGAUUUUCCGGUAAUUGGGGAUAUCGUCGAACUUUGGGGGGCUGUGAAGGUCGCUGAUGUCCGCUACGAGCCCUGCCCCUACCCCUGCCACCAGCUCGCCGUCACCCGAACAACAACAACAACAACGGAAGAGGUGGAGAAGGAGGAGGAGGAGGAGCGGAGAAGGAGGAGGAAGACCGGACGCCGCGCCGCGACCGACGCCGGGGAAACUCGCGCCACUCCUCACCUUAUCCUUUGAUCCGGGAAGGAAGAAUAUCUUUUACCAGCCUCGCCGACCACCACCAAACGUUCUCUCCAUCCAUACUUCGCUAUUACUGCUGCUGUAUCACCGAUCAGCUCGACCACCCCUCUGAAUGUCUUCGCACAUCCAAAAGUCGUGCGUGGGGCUUGAAGCGACAUUGAGUGACAGCAAAAAGAAGUACGGCGACAAGGUGAAUGCACUUCUGUCCGCCUGGGAGCAUGUCACCAAUUUCAUUCCUGGGGCAACGCCAGAGGCCACCCAGUCUCUCAUAGAAUGGGCUCACAAGCACACGUUGAAAUUGGUACUGCGCGGGGAGUGGCCCAAGUUGUCACCCGCGACGAAGACGCACCUCAGUGUUACGUUGCAGAGGUGCGCGUCCCACCUGGUGCAACACCCCGCUGCACCCUGGUGCACUGCCCUGAUAGCUCUGGUGCACAAUCCAUGGACUCAUCCCGCCCUCGACAGCAUACUUAACGGCCAACCGGAUUCCGAACAUGAAGAGGAAUUCUGCUGUUCGGAGAAAGGCGAACUGCUGACAAUGAGGCUGAAAAUACUUUGCGAGGACCGCUGCGAGGACAUAGCGGUGAACCUCGCCGCCGCCUGCGUACGCUCCCUGAGGCGAAGCGACAGGUUGCGCUCGCUCUCCGACUCUCAUCACGUUCAUUACAUGAUCGACGUUUACAUUGUCCUCUUGUAUAAAUUGAAACGCACGCAAGAUAUAUUCGCUCAAUUAAAAUUAAUGGAUCUAAGCGACGGAUUGGAAUUGGUCCAACGACUGAGCGGCGAGAGACCGACAAAGUAUGGGACUGCACGGGUUUGGAGAAAUUCUAUAAAAGCUGCCGAAUUGGUUGCACAAUAUCUCGUCACAGCCGGUAUGGUGCGCCCCGUGCCGGAAACGGGGGCCAACAUUUUGGAACAAAUUCUAAACUCUUGGGCGUUGUUGCAUUCGAAAUUGAAGGACGUCGAGCCCACGUUACCCGGGAUGAUAAGGAAAUUGAUCGAACCAGCCGAAAGCGCUCAACACAUUUAUAUCUUUUGCGCGGUACUCGUCAAACACUUCGGCGACAGCGUAAAGACCCUGGUGAUCGAGUUGUACAUCAGGGCGUUGACCACAGACAUGAACGAGUUGGAGAGUCAGAAAGCCAAAUCCGACACGGAAAAGGUUCGCGAGACUGCGAAACGUUUGAGCACGCAGUUCCUUAAACUGGCCGACGUUGUUGGGAGCAACAUAGGGAUCGCCCGAGAAUGCGUACUGACGGCGUUCUCGCUGCACCCGACCAGGGCUUGUUACGACAGGAUCAAAGAGAUGGCGGUCGCGUGCGGGAAAACGAAAGCUGAUGGGACGCCGGCCGAUGGCGGCGCUGCGGUCGUUAACGAGAAACUGAAGCACGCUCUGGCGGAGAGCGCCAAUCACUCAUCUAAUGCUGGAUCGAUGAAAAGGAUCGAAAGCGAUAGGGAAAGGGACGACGACGUCGAGAAGGCGACGAGAGCCGAUUCACCGCCCCCCUCGUUGUGCAACCCUUCGUUGUUUUCAAUGUCGUCGUCAUCGUCGUCGUCGUCGUCGCCAUUGUCGGCCGGUAUCACGUCGAUGAAGAAGCCGAGCAUCGACUUUCAAAACGGGCAAGUGAGCAAGAGCUUCGAGCGCACCGAUCAACUGUUGAAGAGCCUUCUGACACCCAAGAGGGGGGGAGAGACGAUCAUCUCGGCGAACAACGACAGAUGUCCGUUGCACCCGAGGAGGGAUCCGUUAUCGAACGGCCCCCUCGGCGAGCUUUGCUUCAAUUGCGGCGAGUUCACCGGCAACGAUAUUUCCAGGAGUAAAACGCCUGAGGGGAACGCCAGUCCCGGGAGCAGGAACGUGGAGAGGACCCUCGACGCCCUGAUCCUGAUCAAGGGCGACGCCGUGACCGGCUCCGCGAACUACGACGAGAAAUCGGUGCCGAAUCAGGUGUUGGACGCGGAAAAGCUCGGCCUCUCCCCCCAACUUUGCGACGAUUUGGCGGUUGUUUUGAGCAGCCCCCGUUACCACAUGCUCAGCUGGGUCCUCGAUUGGAAAGAGUUGAACAGCCUGUGCGAGAGAUACUUGGAGAACGCCGAGGAGAUGAGAAACACGAACAAGGAGUUGAAAUACCUCAACAUAGAUUAUUCUCAGUUCAAGGAUUGGCCGUCGGAGGACGAUACGAAGGAUAUAUUUUUCGGGAUCGAGAAGGGAUACGAGCAAUGGGUCGAUCUACCGUCGGACAACUCGGAACAGUUCGGCAGCUUUCAACCCGCGGGCAAUUACAAGAGGUCCUCGACGAGGAGGAGCCUCGACGACACCACCACCACCACGGACUCGGACAGCGGCAGUGUGUUGCGGAUAAGAAGGACGGGAAGACAGAGAAAGAUUCACAGGUUGGAGUCGUCGGAGAGCGAUUACGACAGCGCGGAGCGUAAACCGAAACACUUCAGGAACAGGAUGAGCUCGAUCUCCGAUUCCGACAGCAACACGCAGGACAGCCAAACGGACAGUCUGGGCAGCGACGGGUGUCGAAUGGAGGUGAAGAAGAAGCAGAUAGGCAACAAAUCGUCAUCGUCGGGCAAGGAGGGGGGCAAGAAACUUCGUCCCAAGGGGUCGAAAUUGACCGUCGAGUCGGUCUCCCAUUUCCACAUGCUCGUCAACGAGAACGUGCGCCACGGGAACACGAACGAAGACGCGAGCGGCUCGGACGUGAGCAGCAACGAUAUCAUAACCUUGUUCUCGGCCGAUAUGGACGAGAGCAAACGGGAGACGAUAAAGGGUUCGGCAUACACGGCGGCCGCGCCUUUGAUAAUCACCGAGAGAAGGAGCGACCCGGCUGUGCUCAAAUCCCUGAGGAUGUUUAGGCCGCAGAACUCGAAGAAACCCACCAGGAUCACGCAGAUAUUGCAGAAGAAUCUUUUGAACAAGAGCAAAGACAAUAAUAAUUUAGAGAAUAGCACGAACAACGUGACGAAAUUCGCCCCUAUGCUGAGCACGUUGAACUUGAACCCGAAGAUCGUGUUGACCAGGGCGGACGAGAUCGACAGGAAGUUGAUUCGGGCGAAGAAGCAGCAACGGUUGAGCAGCGGGGAUAUAACGAGCGAAUUGAUGAAUAUACAGAAAAACAUGCCGUUCUCGCCCAACAAGAACACCUUGUCCACCACGUAUCACCACCAUCAAAAACAAAAGGGGAACGGAGCGACGAUGAUCGGUAAAACGGAUUUAACGUCCGCCGACGGCCGGGAUUUGAACUCGAAAUCAAGUUUGGGCAAACGAAAGUUCGACAUUCUGGCCAAGGCAGUCAGGGAUUCGGACAUCUUGGCGAAGAACGUGCCCGGCCUGAACACGUUGGACAUGAUGGUGCCGCCGAGAAUGCGACCCACCGUGAACGUCGUCCAACUCUCCAGAAACAUUCCGCAGAGCCCGAACUCGGGCUCGAUCAACAGUGGCAAUACACCUCCCAGGCCGAACAGAACUCCCAGCGUGGCAGGCAACAUCCAAUUGCCCGGCACACCCUCCUCCGGGGGCCACGACAGCGGUGUCGGCAUGAGCCCGGCCGGUCAAACCCCCCCUCCAAGAUCCUCCAUCCUUCCCGACGUCGGCGAGGAGACAAAUCAACCGCCUGACAACUCGCCCACUUCCUCCACGACCACCAACAUUUCCAGCCAACUCGAGUCCGACUCGAGCCCGCGAACGAUACCGAUCCAACGACGAAACCAGCAGAGUCAAUCACCCAAGAAAUCCCCUUCCCCGUGUUCCGCCGCUAUCGCGACUACGACCGCGACGACGACCACGAGUUCGGGGAUCCCCUCGACGAAUAUCGCGUCGGAACAGUUGCAGAUCGUUUGCAAACCGGACGGCACGUAUCAACUGGCCUCGGUGAAUCCGAGCGUAGUGUCCAAUCAGAGGAAUCAGGUUCUCAACCUGCAAAAUAUCGACGACGGAGGAGGUGGAGGAGGAGGAGGAGGGGUCGCGAAUUUUUCACAGAGGCAAAAUCAGAGAGGCGAGAACGGCGGUGGGAACAGCAGGAGCACGUACGAGAGAUUGACGAAGGCGAGCGCGCAACAAAAUUCCGGGCAGAACGCCGGUUUGCCGAAAUUUCAACAGGCCUUCGGUAAAACUAUAUACACGCUUUCCACGGAUGCAUCGGGUGCGAGUGGCGUGACGACGGGUGGCGCCGCCUCGGCGGAAACUUUGGUACAAUCGGUAUCUCCUCAAAAAACGGCUAAUCUCUCGAAAGCUGUACAAACGUCUGUGCCCAACGCGCAACAGGCGAACACCCCGUCCACGGGGAUAAACGUGCAGUCCAUCGCGAACAUUCCAAACGCGUUACAAUUAUCGACCACGAGCAGGCAGAUAUUGAACAUCGUUCAAAGCUCCGGGAAUAACGCGAACGUGGUGGCGGCGACCAGCCCGAACGCGAGUCAAACGUUGACGCAGUUGGUGCAGAACGCUUCGCCCGGUGUCAUAUACACGCACAAAAUCCCCGUCACCAUAUCGACCACGAAUCCAAGCCAGUUAAAUAUUAUCCCCACCAUAUCGCACGCGAAUUCGAUACCAACCGGAAGGACACCUGUGGUCAAGUUGAACAUCAUUCGAGCUCCUUUGAGGCAACAAAAUAUCACGGGAGCUAUACAAGCUGUACUGACCACACCGAGAUUGCAACAACAGCAGCAGCAACAGCAACAACAGCAGCAACAACAACAGUCCACGGUUCGAACGGACAGUUUGCUCGGUUCCCCCAUAGAGGUGCCGAAUCAAGUCAGUUCGACCACUUUGGAACAAUUGAGGGAGUUCGAGAGUGUAUUAGAACAAGUGAAGGAGAGGAGCACGAUUCAACCGCAAUCCCAUCAAACGAUAUCCACCUCGGCCACUACCACCGUACAAACGCAAACGACCACGCAGCAGCAGCAACAACAGCAACAGCAACAACAACAACAACAACAGCAGCAGCAGCAGCAACAACAAACGCAAGCUGGUAAACAACAGCAAGUGUCGGUGAGCGCGCUGGCCCAACAACUUUUAAUGCCGACGCAGCAACAGAGUGGAGGAACGAGCAACGAGUUCGCGAGCAACGGGAACGCGACGGUGAAUUUCCAACAGGACGUUUUCUCCCAAAAAGUGUCUCUUGCUUACGUGAAUCAGAAUACGGGAUCGGUGGUUGCGAAAACGCCGAACUCGACGCCGGUCGUGGUUGUGACCAGUUACUGUCAACCGGCCGCCUCGCCCGCGUUGAGCGUCACCUCGCAGAGCUCUUCCAGUCCUUGCGUAACGCCCGCCCCGGCCCCUGUACCUCCGGCAGGGAAAACACCGCCCACCCCGCCCUCCUCGAAGACGGUGAAGAAAGCGGCGCCGAAAACCGUGAAAACCAGCGCGACAAACACGUCCAAGUCGUCUCCGAUACCAAAAUCUCAACAAAAGCCGCAAGAGGACGAGCAAACAGCGCAGAGGAUCUACGCGAUUCUGGACGAGUACGCGGAGCAAUUGCGCAACUCGCCCGAUCUGAACAACAAGCCCGCCCCUCGGAGAAGAUCGAACCCGCCCACGAAUCCCAGCCAAUCGUCGAAGAGGAAGAAGUCGAGCGCGAGCAAGGCGAAGUCGGUGGGGGGCCAGCAGAACAACAACUCCUCGGAGCUGAGCCCGAGCACGGACGAUCUGGGCAGGACGAUGGGCAGCGAAGACUCGUCGAGCGGCGUGGUUCACGUGCAGGACAGCCCGGCUGGUUUUCCCGCCCCCGAGGAGCAACCGUCGGCCAACGUAGGUGGCGCUGGCGAGGCGGCGAGCGCCGCUGCGGCCGAGGUUCGAAAUCUGGCCACCGACUCGAACGAUGGCGUUGAGGUGAACGUGAAGAGGCGAAAUCUCAUCUUCGCCGAGCCUGGAUCCGGCCAGCCGAGGGCGGUGAUCGUUCAAGAGGCGGUGCAGGCCGGUUCCGUGUCGGUGAGCGAGGCCCUCGCCUCGGUCACGGGCAAGGUGGGUAGCACGGCCGUCUUCGUCCCGGGCCCCAACUACAUCCUGCCCAUGAAUCUGGUGAAGGGGGGCCAACAGUUCACCAUAGUGUCGAGCGGGUCGAAGCUGUUGGCAACCGUGCCGGCGACCGUGCGCGCCACGGGCAACGCGGCCGUCUCCAACACGUUGGUGCUUCAAUCGUUCCUGAAUCAGGCGGGGAAGAUAAUCUCGCAACCGGCGCAGGUGAAACAGGUGAAAAUACCAACGUUGCAAACGUUGUCGGGCAGCCAGGCGUCGUUGGGGACAGCGCAGAACGUUCAGGGGGCCUCGGUGGUGAUACCUCAGACGGCCUCGGCCGGGAAUCAUCAGUUCGGUUCGGGCGACGUGGUCACGGAGAAGGGCGGCAACGUGAUCGGUGACCUGGCGAUGGCGAAAUCGGACGCCACGGUCCCCGCAACCGUCGUCGAAUCCGCGAACGCCGCGAUCGUGGUCAACAAGAGCAACUCGGCGAUCGGCUUGAUCCAGCGCAACUUGAACGAGGGCGGGGAGGGGGGCCAACCGAUCUGCGGGGUGAUCACAAGCAAUCCGAAUUUGAUUCAAGGGGCAAGAUUGUUCAACUCCUCUUCCAUACACAAAUUGACGAGCCCUGGGCUCAAGUCGGACAACGUGGUGUGCAUCACCACGCCCACGGCGACGAUCGCCCAGCACAGUCCGGAGAAGACGAGCCAGUCCCCCCAGGAGGGUCAAAUUCACAACAACGACAAACACGUGUCCAUACAAACGGGUGCAACGAUCGCUCUCGCGUUCGCCACUCAAUCCGACGUUUCCCUGUUGAACGAUGCCUCUCAACACCACCAUCACCACCAUCACCACCACCAUCACCAUCAGCAACAGCAGCAACAGCAAAAGGACACGAAGGAGGCGUCGACGGAGAUAAUCCCUGGCGCCAAGAUCAUCUCCCCGAAGACGGUGAAAAGAAAAAUCGAGGACUCGAUGGAUUCGAUGUCCACCACGAUCGGAACGGUGGUGGGGAGCAAGCAGCCGGGAGGAGAGAUGGACGGGGCGACGCAGUUCCUGGUGACCGGCGGGCCGAGCAGCUCGGACAGCCAGGAGUCAUCUGUUCAAGCGUCGGGCGAGGGUAUCGAGGUGUCGUGCAAAGUGGGGAACGGUCUGUUGUACGGGAACGCGAGGUUGCAAGAGGCCUGGGAGCCGGAGGGCAAAGUGUCGCCCGACACGCCUUGGCGCUACGUCCCCACGUCCACGAAUUCAUUGAGCAUCGACCCCCUGAACUCGAGAUACUCGGACAACACGGAGAACGUGCAAAGCGUUCUCCAGAUCAUCAACAAGGGGCAAGGUAUCGAGAUGUCCGCGGGCGGCCAGAUAUACCAGACGAAGAAAUAUUUCAUGAAUCACACGCUGGAACCGUUCCAACAGUACGCGAGCAAGGGGAACGUGAUGAAAACGCCGUUGAACCCGAGAUUGGAUCGGGAGUUGUUGCAACAGAGGAUGGAGAGGAAGGCGGCGGCCAUGGAGAGGGAGAUGAAGAUGCAGAAAAGUUUGUCGGAGGAGUGCGAGGAUUUGGGCGUGGACGAGCCAAGCACCAGCGACCUCUUCCCGGAGGCGGAUCUACUGUUCGACACGAAUCAUUCCCCCUCUUUCGACCACUCGUCCCAGGACGCUUCUUGCAGCCAACCGUUGGGCAUGAAAUCGUACGGUGGCUCGUACUUUCGCUCUCUCGAUUCGUCGAGCGGGAGCAGGGACGCCAGUCCCGUGGCCGAUUUCAAAGUUAACGUCGAGCGUGGCAGAAAAAGCGGCGGCGGCGGCGCUGGCAAUCAGAGGACAAGAUCGACGAAGGAUUCCGCGUCGAAAAGGUCGAAGAGGGAGAAGGCGGAGGAGUUGGAAAAUCCGGCGAAGCACAUUCGACUGACGUUGGAUAACCUGAGCCAGGACGAGGCGUCGAACAGUAAUUCGGACAUCUCGAGAUUGUCGCCGACCAAUCUUGCCUCGUUGGAGAACGACUCGUCGAAGGAUAGGGGGGGGAAGAUGGCGUCGAGGAACGGGUCGAAGGAGGGGACGCCGAGCAGCGUGUCGAGCAUCCCGUCGAACAUGAAGCUUGACAUUGAUCUCGACUCGGAAUCGUUGCCGCCCAGCAUAAACGUAAACAACGCGUCGGCCGCUAGCUCCGGGGACGAGAGCUUAACACUGUUGAGCAGCAACACGGCCGACGUGACGAUACCCUCGCCCCUCUCCCCGAUCGCUGGCCCUAUGUUGUCCACGCACAAGUACACGUACACGAAUAAGAAACGGAUCGCGUCCAAGGUGACGAGGAUGGAUUAUCUAUCCUGGGAGAGCCCGAUGUCCGAGAGGACUAGGUCGAGCAGCGACGAGGAGGAUUCGAGUAUAAGCGAGUCGAUCGGCAGCCAACCGGAGGAGAACGCGCUGAGCAACGGCCUCGAGGACAGUGUGCAAAGCCUCAAGUCUUUGUCGAACGAGCGGCGUUGCAAUUACUUGAAAAAGAAAGACAAGUUACAGGUGAAUGCGAGGGUGGUGUUGAAUCGGGCAGAUCACAAGGGUGGUGGCCUGUCGAAACGAAUUAAGGUGUCGAGCGAGUCGAUCCAAGAUUCGGUUAUGGUUUCCAGUGAUAAGGCAUCGGAGCCCUCCGACGACGAAACCUCCGGGAAUAUCGCUUUGGUCGAGCCGGACUGUCGGGCAAGACGGUCGAGCUUGCGCGGCCACGUUAAGAAAGGAUGCGCCUGUUGUAACGGAUCCCCGGAGAGACCUAAAAAGAAGUCGGUCAAAUCCGAUCAUCCGAGGUUAAAGAAACGAUUGUCGUCGAAACAGGCCGGGAAGAAAAGGUAGUCCUAGCGUUCGAACGCUCGACGGAGCAUCGCGUGUUCGAUCUUGAUUCUAACAAUGCUACGUGCUUGUCCAUCGCGUUGGACGCGGUUCCCCGGUGACGAAGGAGCUUCCAUAAAACGUAUCCGGGCGUAUCCUUGUAACCGUAACGCCAUUGCGAGAAACUUAGGAUUUUUCAAUAGCCGAAAAGUUGAACGGAUUAUCCGAAACUGUGAGAAACGCACGAAUCGUCGAAUUUGUGUGUGUAUGCGUGUGUAUAUAUAUAUAUAUAUAUACAUAUAUACCGGUAAUAUGGAAUGCCUAUCCUCGUAUUAGGCAAGUUUAAUUUGCGUGACACUCGCAAGUUCUUCGUUCUUGGGCAUAAACGUUGAACUCGUUUUAUCAGAGACGGUAAGAGUAAGAGAGAGAGAGAGCGAAGGAACGAAUGGUUGUUCUAAUUAACGAUUCUCGACAACAAGUAGGUCAUCCUCUUACCACUAGAUGUUAUUGUAAUACUAGAUGUAAGAUGAAAAUUAUAAUGAAUGGCAGACUUAGAUUAAAUCGUUAAGGAUAUUAGAGACGCAAUCUAGU